AAGUAACGUUUUUUCUUUGUCAAAGUAGUGUAGUCUAUUGAACACAUCAACAACGGAAUCUAAUGGCUAAAGUCUAAAACACACAACAUUUUGGUGGCAAUAUUUAUCGGUGAUGUAGACUGCAACCACCAAGAAGCAGAAAAACUGGUUGUCAUCGCUACAAAUUUCACCAAAAUGUCAGCGAUUGUGUUAGAUGAACUCAUACGAUCUCUCAAUUCCAAAAAGGAAAAAAUGACAAUCCAAGAAGCGGAAAUCUUCAAACAGUGGAAGUCUGUCGCCAUUGGCGGAGUUGGAGGUUCCGUCGCCACAGCUCUUACGUGGAUGGCUACAAGAAAGUUGAACUUUUUUAAUCGUUUGGGACUUGCUGGAGGAGCUGGUUUACUUACUUUUGCAUGGAACAUGAAUAAAGCAUUAGACUCAUGUGUUGAUCAUAUACUUGGAUUGGAUGGAACUCGAAUGCAGCAAGAGCUUAAUAAAAUAAUACUGGAGAGGUAUGGCAAUGAUCCUAAGAAAAUGCAGCUUUAUUCAAAGUAUUUCUAUUGUGAAGAAGUUUUCAAUGAUUCAACCCCUGGACUUCCCAAAUUAGUUUACCGACCUCGUAAUUUGUACAUGGAUGAGCACCGGACAUCUGAUGUCAAUACUUCCCAAGAGUCUACUGAGCGAGGUUUGUAUCAUCCACGGAAAAAUGAUGAUACCAACAUCAAACCAAAGACCCCUAGUUCAGAGAUCAAGAAAAAUCCAAGAAAUCCUGGCAUUAAUGUGUUUGGAUAUGGAGAUCCCCUAGACGUUUUGUUCGGUGAUUCAUCAACAAAUGAGAAUCCUGACCAGCUUGACAAAUCUGGAAAAUCUACCAAAUCGCAAAGUCACGGCCAAAGACGAGCUCGCCGUAGGCAUAGAGCUCGCCUUCGUCACGAGGAAUCAUCAUCUGUAGGGCUGACACAGCUCCACGAUGCUUGAAAGGAAUAAGGUGGAUUGCGUAAAGAAAAUUUCCAUUGUAAUCUGCUAAUUAUAGAGCAUGUAACAUUGGUUUCUUAGGUGGCUGAAGAUACCAUGAAAAGAAAAAGUUCUUUUCAGAUUCGAAUCUUUGUAAGUUAAAGUUUCUGACAUUAUUGUUAUAACGAUAGAAGAACUAAUAGCUAAGCUUGUAUCUAGUGCUAGAUUAAGCCGAAGAUCAUUGAGCAAGAGAAAGACUGGUUAAAGAAAGCUGCAUAUGCUGUUUAAGAUUUCAAAUGUUUAUGGGUAAGACAGUAACAUUGAUAUUGUAGUAGAUAAUUGACGCAACCUUAAUAUUUUGAGAUAUUGAGCUAUAUAAAUACAGGUCAAGCGGGUUGAAUGGACCUAA